AUGCACAUUUUCAGACCUUUCCUUAUAUCACUGGGCAUUGCCGGGGUAUAUGCGGCCACACCAACGACAUCAGCACAAUCAUCAUCCGUAACUGGUUGUCAUACUCAUGGCUCCGACAUUUACUGUAUUGAUGGGAAUGGCAAGGAAGUUUUAGUUUCGGCCACAUCUACCCCUACAACUGGAGUGCCAGCACAAUACACCGGGUGUCACUCCCACGGAAGCGAGUCAUAUUGUAUGGAUGCAGAUGGAAACGAUGUCCUGGUUCAAGCAGAAGGAACGACAACCGAGACCGCGUCCACAGACAGUCACAGUGAACAUGCCAGCGAGGAAUCCUCAGGCGAAACCAAACAGAACUGCCACUUCCAUGCUGGUGUUGAACACUGCGUGGGUGAAGGUGAAUCAGAGGGAGGUAGUAGUGGUGCAUCAUGUGGUGUCCGAUCAAGAGACUACGACAUCCCUCUGAGAAUCGGCACAUUAUUUGUUGUCCUUGUUACUAGUUCAAUCGGUGUCUUUGCCCCUAUGCUCCUGAUGAAGCUUCCAUCUGCCUCUAUCAAUGGGGUGGUCUCGACCGUCAUCAAGCAAUUCGGAACUGGCAUCAUCAUCGCCACCGGCUUCAUCCACCUAUACACACAUGCAAACCUCAUGUUUACCAACGACUGUUUGGGAGAACUCAAGUACGAAGCAACUACCUCCGCGGUAGUUGUGGCGGGUAUUUUCAUUGCCUUCUUGUUGGAAUACAUUGGCCACAGGAUUAUCGUUGCUCGCAACAGCAAGAACCACUCCACAGAAACUAUACUGUCCGAGUCCGAGUCUCAGCAGACACAGCCGAAGGAGCAUGGCCACUCUUCUCCAGAGCAACAGCAACACUCCACAUUGGCAGGUCUUAGCCACAGCCAUGGCUCAUAUGAUCUUACCGGACCCAACAGCAAAUUUUCGGUCAUGGUCAUGGAAGCCGGUAUUCUCUUCCACAGUAUCUUGAUCGGCCUCACCCUUGUCGUUGCCGGCGACUCAUUCUACAAGACGCUUCUGGUGGUGAUUGUGUUCCAUCAAUUCUUUGAAGGUCUAGCACUCGGUGCUCGUAUCGCAACCCUACCCGGGGCUAUAUUCCCUUCCAAGGCGUCUAUGGCGAUGGCAUUUGCCUUGAUCACACCUAUUGGCAUGGCCAUUGGACUUGGUGUUCUUCACACCUUCAAUGGUAACUCGAGGGGCACUUUGAUUGCACUCGGAACAUUGGACGCGCUGUCUGCUGGUAUCCUGGUGUGGGUUGGUGUUGUUGAUAUGUGGGCCCGUGACUGGGUUAUUGAAGGUGGUGAAAUGAUGAAUGCGAAAUUAGGAAAAGUUUUCACUGGUGGUAUCUCCUUCGUCAGUGGGCUGGUGUUGAUGGGACUGCUCGGAAAAUGGGCUUGA